UCUCUCUCUCUCUCUCUAUCUCUCGCUCCGUAGUCCGUGCAAAACAUAACUACGCAGCCUCCUGUCUAUAUUCGCGCCCCAGCUCUUCCUCCCCCGCGCGAUUCAUUUGUUCGUCUGCCGCAGUAGCAGUAACUAUAUAACACUUUCCUCUCGAAGGAGACUGGAGAGAUACUGUACGCUGCACAGCUUCCAAGAAAAAGCGCGAGAAUAGAAGUCGGUGUGCUGCAGCGUGAGAUAAAAGAGGGAAGAGUUUUUUCUCUCUCCCGAGCGUGAAGCGAUGCUCCCUUGCGACGCCCAACUGAUUAAGCGAGCGAGCGUGACGGACUCCCAGAUAUCGUUAAUAAUAACAUGACGAAGAACCGUUGCAAAACAAAUCAGCCUGCAGCAGCUACGACAACAGCAAGAGCAGCAGUAGUGCUUUGCGGCAGAAGGAGGCCGUUGACGAGGUUAUGUCGUCGUCGUCGUCGUCGUCGUCGGAGCCCGUCGAGCAGAAGUCUAAUAUCAGCAUGUGCAACGACGAGAAGCUGGUGCACCUGUGGCGCGGCGCUGACAAGGUCGAGCUCAGCUUUCUCGAUCAGCUGGACGGCAGCGUCGGCAAGGUCGUCAGCGUCAGGGACCGUGUCUUCCUUAUGACAACGACCUGUAGCUUGUACUAUGGUGAGGUCACGGUUACAGCUGCAGCAACUGACAGCAGUAAUGGAGCUGAUGAAAGUGAGUCAUCGACAACACUGGCUGCCUCGUUGACUAUGAGGAGGAGCCAGUUUAGUGUUGUGGAUCUGUCUGCCAACAGCGAGCAUGUCUUUGCUGUCAGCACGGAUGGCUCCGUUCUCAAGAUUCAUCCCGAGAACCUUGGUGUUGUAGAUACCAUUACUCUUAGGGAGGAUAUCAAGUUUUGCAGUCACGGGUGCAAACAGGACAGUGAUAUUGCCAAAGUAACAGCAAUAGCAGUCAACGAUAGCUCCGCUUUAUUUGUGACAGAAAACGGUCAGUUAUGGGCAAGUGGUGAUCAGCCACAGAUUGACAUUAAGUCUCAGGAACCUAAGAAAGUAUUUUUUUUUGACGGACGAGUUGUCUCAGAUGUUGCAUGUGGAUCUAACUUUUAUGUAGUUUUAGUAAGAAAAAUAUCUAGAGUAGCAAAAGAAGAUACAGAUAGUGAGAACGAUGUGGAGGAAGUUUUUGUCAAAUCGUGUUCACAGUGCCUCAACAAUGUUAUGCCAAGUCCUAUGAGUGUCACGUCCUCAGAUACUGGUCCUAUGGGUAUUAAUGCACAGCAGUUCAGCGAAGGUCACUCCACAAAUUCGAUAAGUGCUUUAUCAAGCGCAAGCAAGGAAGAUGUAUUUCACACUAUCGAGGAUGAAAAAAUAAUAGCGAAUUCUGUGAAUUCAAUGAUGAAUGAGGAAAUAUGCACAAAUGAAGUAUUAGAAUGUGACAAAGAAGCAAAGAAAAAUGUUAUAUCUAUAAAUACAGAAGCAGCAAGACAGUUCUUUACAAGGCAAUUAUCUUGGGUUUCCUCUUAUGGCAGUGUGAAAGACGAACUACAAAUGGAUACAAUUGAUAAUCCAGCUAGCCUUAUCAAACAGAAUGUCUCAAACAUGGCCAAUUUAGUUUACGAAGGAGUUAAAACUGUUGGGGACAAAGUUGUGACACUGUCGAGACAUGUUAGCGGUAGUUCUGAUGUUAAUGAUGUGAAAGACGAUGUUAGUGAUAACUUUGAAGAGUUAGGAAUUGAAGAAUCAAAAAGAACUGCGGGCAGUUUAAUAAAUAGUUUACGUAAUGAAGAGUUUCCUUGGUCAUCCAGUGCAGGCUCCUCGGAGCAUGAAUUAGUGCAACAACGUUUAAGUGAUAGAAUAAAUUUAUUGAUACGUACAGGCAGUAAUGCAUUAGCAACGGAGCUGUGGACAUGGGGUGAUGUAAAAUAUGGGCAACUUGGUGUAGGAGAUAUAAUUAAUAGACCUAGGCCACGUGAAGUUACCAUACUAAAUCAUUAUGGAAUCAAAAAAGUAGCAUGUGGUGCUUAUCACACUCUGGCACUGACACUUGAUGGUAGAGUUUUCGCGUGGGGUAGAAAUAAUUUUAUGCAAGUUGCACACUGUUCUCAAGUUGAUCAAAAAUCACCACAGUUAUUUUCUUCAAAUUUUUUUAUACACCUGACACCCAAUGAAAGAGCUAAGGAUAUUGCAGCUGGAAGUGAUCACAGUCUAAUAAUGAUGGAUAAAAAAAUAUUUUUGAUGGGAAAACACAGGUCCUCUGGAGUGAUGUCAACUCUGGAAAUACCAGAAAUGAAUGAGCAUACUCUCAAAAAUAUUUUCUGCUUCGACACAUUCAGCUGCUGUGCAAUGACGAAUAAAUCUGUUACCGCGAUAUCCGAUGUACUGAUAGAGGAACAAAUAUUUUUAGAGGAAACAUUGCACGUUUAUCAGAACUUGAUAAUACCGUUUCAAAAGAAAGGUGGAGCCACUCGCGAGUUGAAUGUCUACGAAACACUAUGUCGCUGUCACAGCGAGCUUCUGAGUGUAAAUGUUUUAAAUGUACAAAGUCUUUGGGACUACUAUAAUCGUGUCCACGAAGCUUACGAAGUUGUAAUUAUCGCCAGCGUUGACGAAUAUAUCAGCGUGUACAAGUCGUAUUUGAACGCAAUAUGUGAUAUAAUCGCUUUAGGCGGAUUUGCACAAAUUGCCAAGCUUAUUGAUGUUUUACAAGUACUUUCGACUGUUUUCAAAGACAAGGUGAAAGGCAAAGAUGCAAAUAUUACCAACGAAACCAUUAUUGCAUUUGUUUUACAACAUCCUCUACAACACUUGAACAGAUACAUAAACACCAUACAGAGUUUAAUAAAAUCAAACGAAGUUAACAUGAGAAUGGAACAAUUGCAAGAUGCCUUAGGCAAAUGGGAAGUAAUUUCCAAGGAGCAAGUAAAACGUUUACAGGAGGCCGAGAGUACAAAAAGCUUUUGGGAAGGCUCUGGCAAAAUAGUCGAACAGUUCAGAUCUCCUGAAAGAAGAAUGAUCAGAGAAUCCCGAUCUCAUCAUAUUUCUUUAUUUAACUCCAGUAGAUUUUCCUCGCACUGGUUUAUUCUACUAACUGACGUUUUUAUCCACAUCGCGGGUACAAGCUACACAGCUCAUCCAUUGCCAUUAUUGUGGGUUGAACUUUUACCAGAUUCGGAUACGUUUCAAAAUGCCAUAUCGAUUACAACGCCAGAAGAUAGUUUUACGUUGUACACUCCUAUUGCGGCUGAUCGUAGCGAGUGGUUUCACGCUCUACAAACUGCUAUCAAAAAUAGUCUUCAGAGAUCAGCUAGUCAUAUGCCUCCUCAAGUACGCACGGGUUCUUUUUCCUUCACGAAACAUUCCGUCUACAAAGAUGCAAUUUAUACUGGACAAUGGCUGAACGGCAAGUUACACGGGUCCGGAAAGUUAGAGUGGGCUGACAAUCGUAUGUACAUUGGACAAUUUCACAAAGGUGCUAUACACGGAAGUGGUAGAAUGGAGAUGCCGACUCAAGGGGUCUACGAAGGCCAAUGGAAGGACGGUCUGCAAAACGGAUAUGGUGUCAUGAAUUACAUAAACGGAGAUAUCUACGAAGGGUAUUUCAAAGAUGGUUUACCACACGGGCACGGGAUAAAGAAAGAAGGACAUUUUAUGGCGUCUGUUGCAUCCGUAUACAUUGGCGAAUGGUCUUCCGGGGUAAAACAAGGAUAUGGCGUUAUGGACGAUAUAAAAACGGGAGAGAAAUAUUUAGGGUCAUGGAACAAUAAUACAAAACACGGUAGUGGUUUGAUAGUCACGCUAGAUGGAAUUUAUUAUGAAGGGGUAUUCGUCCAAGAUGUCUUUAUGGGGCACGGUAUUAUGGUCCUCGAGGAUGGAACUCAUUAUGAGGGAGAAUUUAAAUCAGUUGGCGUUUUCGGUGGAAAAGGAAUCUUGACCUUCAGUAAUGAAGAAAAACUAGAAGGAAAUUUCAGCGGUGCGUGGAAUGAGGGGAUUAAAGUUACGGCUACUCUUCAUAUAAAUAAUAAGGCUCAAAAUGAAAAAUUUCAAAAAGAACCACCGUCCUUUGGCAAGCUCUGUGCCCCACCCGACCAGAAAUGGAAGGCGAUAUUCCGUCAGUUUUACCAACAGCUUGGCGUUCCUGAAACUGCGACUGGAAACAAUUCAAAAAGUGCUUCAGUGCGCCAACUCGAGACCCAAAAGCUCUGGCAAAACGUCGCCGCGAUCAUCUCCAAAUCUCAGCGAUGCCGACAAAAGCGCCAAUGUUUUAAUAGCAGCAACAACAACUCCAGCUUGCUCAAUAUCUCGAAUCUCUCGCAGAUAGAUAACAAAGACGCAGAUGCAAACUACGACCAGUUGAAUAAAAUCCUGUACUUCGGCCAUGAGAAACUUAGUCUGCCGGCCUAUGAACAGAUCCACAAGUACCUGAGGCGCGCUUUUGAGAGUCCACACCAUCCCCUAGGCACUUUGCUCAACGAGCUUGCGGCUGUUUACACGGCAACCUACGGCGGUGUGCGGGUGCACCCGUUGCUGUUGAAGCACGCAGUUAACGAGCUUAGAAGUAUUACUACGAGGAUAUAUGAGGCAGUUACACUUUUCUUCCCAGCUCUGCCAAAGGCGCCCGACGAGUACAUACUUAAACCAGAAACUGAUGACAAGUGCAACGAAGAAAAAGUGAUAAGCGCAGCUGCAAUACUUCAUCCAAUCUUACUGCCGCGAGUUUAUUCCGCCUUAUUUGUACUGUACGCCCUUCACAAUAAAAAAACUGACGAUGCUUAUUGGGAACGUCUUAUCAAAUGGAACAAACAGCCUAACAAUACCUUACUAGCCUUUUUAGGCAUUGACCAGAAAUUUUGGAAAAAUUUUGAUACAAGUGAAAAUGACACGUUUCUCAACGAAGCUAUAGAAACUUUGCAGCAAUUAAAAACUACAUUUUCAGCAGUAGAAAAAUUAAUAGUUAUUAGAAAUACGCAUUAUCAAAUUGAACAGGCCAUACAAAAAAGAUUACUAGAAAAUUACAAGUUACCUGCAGACGAGUUAAUACCGAUAUUUUACUUUGUCGUUGUUCGUGCAAGCGUUUUACAACUUGGAAGUGAAAUACAUUUUAUCGAAGAUUUUAUGGAAUCUUACCUUAUGAAUGGACAAAUUGGAUAUGCCUUUACAACAGUAAUGGGUAUUUAUGAUCAUAUAUUAAAAGAAAAAAUAACAAUGGACGACUAAUUAUUGGAGCGAGCACAAUCUGAAUGGUACAGAGAACUUCAUAAGUCUCAUAAAACACAUUGUCUUUCAAAAUGUGACGAUGUAAUACUCGUAGAUUUAAGCGUGAAAAUUAAUUGGGUUCAAAGUGUAAGUAGAAACGCAAGUUACAAAAUGCUAAAAAAGUCGAUGUUCAAUACUCAUAAUAGAUUCUUCUGUAAUUAAUUGACUUUUACAAAUUUAGACUUUGAACCCCUCAUGUAAGUAUGUGUAUACAAGUUUCAAAAGUAUAUAUAUUUGUUGGAAGCAAUAGAGUUUAUCGGUCGUCACUCGAACUAUUUUUCUGGUAAACUCGAGAAUUAUCAUACGUGAGCAAUGUCGCGCAAAUGUUACAACAUAUCAAUAUCAGUGCAAUACCUUGUAAUUUAACAUUCCAUAUUUAUUGAUCGUUGUGUAUCUCUAUAAGAUGAAUAAUCAUGUUUUAUUUCGUGUAAAAAAAUGUAAAAAUGAAUAUAUAUAUAUAUAUAUAAAGAUACGUAAAAAAAUAAAAUAAUUAUUCUGACUGACAGAAAAGUACUGAUUUUUGUUCUUUGGGUCUAAACAAGCACAAAAAAACUUGGCAUACUAAAAAAGUGAGGGAUACUUUAUUUCCAUGAAUAAAUAUUUAUUCGCACAUAUUACUUGUCUACAUCAUUCAGAAUGUACACGUUAGUUAACAGUCAGUUUUUUAAGAUGUAAAAACACAGCAAAUGCUCAAUAUCCGGUACCUGACUGUCCCGUAUUCGUUCACAAUGGUCCUGGACCUAUGCUUACAAUAUAAUAGAAAAAGGUUUUGAGGAAUUUUCAAUACUGAAUACGUCAAUUCCACCCAUACGUAACAUUCUUCGAACGCAGGAGGACAAGGACAUUCCCCGGUUCGGCAAUCAGUACUCUUGUCCUUUUAUAGUAGUUUGCUUCUCAUUAUUUUUGUCUCUCUAUUGAACACAUUAGUUGCACAAUCUCAGUUCAUUCAACUUUUUUUUUUAAUAAAGUUUAGUCCUGCUAUAAAAUAUUAUUAAAUAAAUAGUUAAUUGUAAAACCUCUUAAUUAAUCCGUGGCAGACAUAAACAGUCUUGAAAAAUAAACAUUCCUCACACAAAAAGUCGUAGAUCCCAGACUUGUGAAACUUGAAUUCUCUAGAAAGAAGCGGUACACAUGCAUUUUUCAUUAUCUUUAGUCGUGAUUCUAAAGUGGCGAAAGGGGAAAAUGUUCACACUAUUUUUUUCCAGACAAUAUGUGCAGAACUUUUAGCUACUAUUUUACCAGCACGUAAAUAAUAUAAGUGAUGUACAAUCAAUUAGAUCGGAAGCAUUGACUCUUCAGGGCUGACGGAGUACAGCUUUUUUUCUAUAGAUGACAAUUAUCUAUCUAACUACCUAACUAUAUGUGUAUUUGAUUAAACAAAAAACGAUUAUGCACACAUUUUGAAUAAAUUGGUUAACUAGCCGGUUCUGUUGUGAGAUAAUUUUACCGAGAUCUCCUUUCACUUCUGUCGUUUCUUUUUUACGACCUUCAUUAUUAAAAUAUGGAUAUCAAAACGAUAGGCAAGUGAGCAAAAUAAUAACCAACAAGAAAUAAACCCAAAGAUAUGAGAAGCUUUGUAAAAGUAUAAAUACAAUUACAUAUCGCUACUCUUUCAGUAACGUUAUUUUUAUCUCUCUAUUUUCUUAUCUAAAUGUCAUACGAUCAUUGUAUGCAAGAACUUCUAAAAAAAAGGUUUUUCAUCUGAAAUGUUAUUUACAAAUUCACUAAAAGUACUACAUCCAGGGUCGAAAGACUGUAAAAGUACAAAAGGAAUUGAAACACGUUGCCUUCAUAAUCUCGUAAUUAUUACUUAUCAUAAGGAAUCAAUUCAAUAAAAUACGUAAUGCACUAAUCUUAAUAAGUUGGCAUGUUUUAUUAAUAAAGUAUAAAACGAUCUGCUCCUUCGUUUCCAUGA